UGAACACAAUACCAUCUGGCCACACCCUCCACCAAGUUCACCCUCCUUCCUUCAUAACGACAGGGGUUCCUUGCUUGGCCUCCCCAGCACAGAUUCAGUCACACACACACACACACACACACACACACACGUUCUGUGGUUAUAUCAGGGUUGAGGGCAGAAGGGUGGCUUUGUCAUGAGGGUCUUCAUCGUUUUUGACGGUUCCUGCGAGCCCUUUGACGUCUCUCCGGACCAAACCGUGGGUGCCGUAAAACUGAUGGUCAAGAAUUACUUCCACGUGCAACUGUCACACGACAACCAGUUGAGGCACUCCAUGGAGCUGAGCUGCGCUGGCGCCCUCCUUCAGGACAGCUGGGUUCUGACUGAUGUUGGCAUCGCUCCCAGCAGCGUCAUCCGCUGUUGGCUAAAGGAGGAACAAACGCAGGUGGUGCGAGUUUUCAGUGGUGUGACGGGGGAGACCCUCUCAGUCACGGGUUCGGUGUUUCUCCUGAGCGCCUCGGUGGCUCGUCUCAAAACCUUAGUGUCCCAACUGUGUGGCCUCCCCGUCGGCUCCUUCAGACUGAGCUCUCCCGCCGGUCGGCAGCUCUUCGACCUCAACCAGCUCCGCGACUAUUCAAUUGACGUGGGCGCUACUCUGCGGUUGGACACCUGGGAUGGGUGGGCGGAGUUCCUGCGAGGCUGUUUCCACGGACACCAACUGAUCGUCCAGCAACACUUGUCUAAGGAGAGACCUGAGAUGAGGUUCCAGCUGCGGGUGGCGCUCUACAUCGCUGCGUCUCUGGGCCACCUGGUCCUGGCCAGCUGGCUGCUGGAGCGGGGGGUGUGUGCCGACGAACCGGUGGGGGUCCACCCUCACCGCGAGUGGUGCCACCGCAUGGCCCACCCCGAUGCCGCCAAGUGUCCCGCCGUCGUAGCGGCAGAGAAUGGCCAGCUACUCAUCCUCAAACUCUUCAUUAACGCCAGUGUCCUGACCCUGGCCUGCCGGGAUCCCCGGGGCCGCGACCCGCUGAAGAUUGCCCUCCGCCACGGCCACAGGGAGUGCGUGCGUCACCUGGCAACCAAGCUGUGCUCUGUGGUGGCCCUCCCAGGUCUGGCCCUCCCCAUGCGGACAUACAUCCAGGUGAAGCUCUGGGUGAGGCGGGGGCAGGGGAGGGUGGCGUCCAGGUACUGCCUGGGCCUCAGGACUCCAUUCAGGACCAGGGUAGGUGACACGGUCCUGGUGGACGGUUUCAGCCCCCCCACGAUGUCCUCUAAGCCCCAGAGGGAGGAGGCAAAGACAGGUCCCAGGGUCACAUCCAAAGCCUGCCAACCUCUGACCUCUGUCAACGGCCCUCCUGGUGUAUCCUGUCUGUCCCCUGCCCUGGCAUCCCAGGAUGCAUCUCUACGAUGGCCAAAGCUACAACCUGUGGCCACUGGGGAUGGAAGAGAGAGGAGGAGAAGGAAGAAGAAGGAAUAUGGAGGGAGGGUAUGGAAGGUGGGUGAGACUGAAGGUCAGAACAGCAACCAAUGGAUGAGCAGAGUCCCGCUCCCGCCCAUCUCCCGAGACACCAAUCCGAGACCUUUGUUUAUCACCUCUUCACCAAACUCCUCCCAGAUCCUCACCAGCUCGAUGGAGUUCUUUUCACGGCACUGUGGCCGGACACCCAGAGAAAAUGCCAUAUAUUGUUUGUCCUUAGCCAGCGCCUUCACAGAGAGAUCAUGGCUACGGCAGCUUGAUGUAGCGCGGACUCUGGCCAGGAGGAGUGUACAGAACAUGGGGUUGACACCAGGGUCGGGCUGAAACAAAGAGGGAACACGUUGCUAUUGUCCAAUGAACAACUGGCAUCUGGUGUCUCACCAGCAAAUGUAAAAAUAUUCAAUUCAACAUCUCAAAGUUUCAGUGGCUAUUUGUGAUAACCACGUUGAAUUGAAUCAUUUCUUUUCUUUUUGGAAUUGUAUAAAUUGUACUGUCUAUUCUAGAGUCACUCAUUUCAACUAAUGUUAUUGUUUACCGUGCGCUUGACUUGGGUUCCACUUUUUUGUUCAUAGAAAUCCUAGCUUCCUCCUAAUUAAAUGUAGAACUGACGAAGGCCCACAAUGGUUAAAACCAAUAAUAUAGAUCACAUUACUGUAGUAAACUCUGUGACUGCAUUUUUAUGGGGAUCAUAAUUUGUUGCUCAUGUUAACAGCUGUGCAGUGACAAAAGAAAAUCUGCUUUGAAUGGAUUGUAGACUAUUCCAUGCCCCUGGUGCACAGUAGAAGGCAGUCUUGUCAAAUUCUGUAAAUGUCUCUGGAACUUUAAGUAUCAACAAGGAGUCCUCAACAAAAAAAAUUUUGUACAAUGGGACAGGAACUCUGGGCAGGUAACUCAGUGGGGAUGGGAGUACUGGAUGAAGUCUCAUUCUGACUGGCUUCAUUUUAAAGUAGGUGUUGGAGAGAUGGAGCGUGAAGAAGGGAGUGUUCAUAUUUUUUGGCUGAGAGCACUCCUAUAGCGGACUUGUGCCAAAAUCUUCUAGCAUGGAACCAAAGAGGUCAGUUGUCAUUAAGAGCUUUUCUUAGGGAAUGAAUUACACAGAAUGUCCAUACCUGCAUUUUUUC